AUGGCAAACGGAAUCGCCACUACACCCAAACAGAAGGUGCUUCGCCUCCCCAAGGUGCUCAAGCAAGUUGCGAAAGCGCCUCUCAAGCUUCCUGCCCGCGUUGCGAGCGUCAGCACGAACUCUCGCCUUGGUGGAAAUGGUGCGGGGCGUGUAUCAGCUGCAGAUGUCAGAAAGAGGUCACCAUUGCCCGGGGAAGAGCCUCUUGUCACCCUUCGAGUCCAAAUCGUGGGCUGUCAUGAUCUCAUCGCGAGAGAUAGAAGUGGAACUAGCGAUCCAUUUGUCGUGGUAUCACUCGGCAACAAGAGGUUUCAAACUCCCGUGUUAAAGAAAACGCUAAAUCCUUCGUAUGACGCUAAAGACGCCACAUUUAACUUCCCUAUCUUCUUGUCUCUAGCUGACACGAUCAGCUCUCUCGAGAUUGUGGUGUGGGAUAAGGAUAUGCUCACCAAAGAUUAUUUGGGGGAGGUUGCAUUGUCCAUCGAAGAUUGGUUUCCUGAUGGCUCGUAUGAUUUCGAGAACGAAAACAAACUACCUCUUGCCCUCAAUCUGAUAUCAUCUCGAACGAAAGUCAAUGCUCAAGGCACAAUUCACAUCCGGAUAGGCUUCGUUAAAGCUCCUACUUCGCAUCCUAUGGAUAGUUUCGAUGAUAUAUACACAAAUAUCAUACAGAACAAGCUCAAUUCUGCACCCACGAUCCUUUCUGCACCUCCUACUCGGGGUAUCGGGACGGUACGUUAUCGCAAGCACACUCUCGAAGCGGUUACAGGAGAAGAUGUUUCGGAGCUCGAGGAUGAUGGACUCAGCUCCGAUACGGAAUUUGAGGAAUCAGAUAAUGAACCUGCACCACCACCCGCGCCAAGUGCCGUUCGUUCUGGAACUGAUAGCCAAUCUCUGUCUACUCCCGAACCCACAAAGCUAGUGCCUCCCAGGAGUCCGAGUUUGUUCCCAAGAUUGUUGAGUUCUACGUCGAUUAAAUCAGGAAAAAAGGAGAAAGAGAAAGAAGGAUCUACGGACAGUACGGUCAUCUCAGGAUCUGAGUCGUCCAGUGGUGCUGGGACACCAGGUGGAGCCGCCGGGACUGAUGUCAAAACCGCCAAGCCUGCGACCCCUUCCCGCACCAGUACGAAUGACACAGCUGCUACGUCCAGUGGCAAGAAAAUCAAAGCACCCAAGUUCAAGCAGCGCUCAAAAGGUAAUAAGGGUUAUGAGCUUUCUGCCGACAGUGAUAUUGUAGGUAUCGUCAUGCUUGAGAUAGCUGGAGCGGAGGACUUGCCGAAGAUUAAAAACAUGACACGAUUGGUAUGGGACAUGGACCCCUUCGUUGUAAUUUCUUUUGGCAAGAAAGUGUUCCGUACACGCGUCAUCCGGCAUUCCCUCAAUCCACAAUGGGAAGAGAAGCUUCUUUUCCACGUCAGACGUUACGAGACUUCCUACGAUGUCCAAUUCGCCGUGCUUGACUGGGAUAAACUCAGUGGCAAUGACCACGUCGGAGAGGUCUCAAUUCCUUUGGCGGAGAUUUCGGCUGAUGCGCCGCGCCCGGACUCAGCUACAGGGCUGUACGCAGAAGGAGAUGAACAACAGGAGAAGAUGAAAUCCUUCACGCUUCCUCUGACAACCCAGAAAGACAAAUCGUGGGAAGCCAGGCAUUCCCCAACUAUUACCUUCCGCGCGAAGUACCAGCCGUACGAUGCCCUUCGUCAGCGAUUCUGGAGACAGUAUCUGAAGCAGUAUGACCUUGACGAGACGGGGACCUAUUCUCUGAUCGAAAUUCGCUCCAUGCUUGAUUCCCUUGGGUCCACUUUGACCCGCGCCACUAUCAACAACUUCUUCACACGGUAUGGUAAGAACGAUGAAAAGGAUGACCUCACAGUUGAUGAAGCCGUCCAUUGCCUGGAACUGGAGAUCACACGCCCGAGAAGUGAGAAGAAUCUCGUCUCAGCAGAUGACGUUCCUGCCGUGGCCACGGGCACGAUGACACCUAACAUCACAUUCUCGGACUUUCCUGCGGUGGACCACACCCAGGGCGCAGUUGAAUACGCGGGCCCGGACGCACCUAGCGAGGCGACUGGCACUGCGGAACAGUGUGCCCCAGAACACCAACGUGAAUCCAAACAAACGGCCCUGCCUGGCCAGGGGACAAACACCUUUGGGGGUUACAUCCCUCCACCCGAGCACAACUCUGGGGAAUCUUCAGACCUUGACAACGACCUAUCUGAGGACCAGAAUUCCGGCGGUCCCGCAGUUGAGCGGGUUGUCAAUAUCAAGACAUGCCCUCUGUGUCAUCGGCCGCGACUAAAUUCGAAGGCUGAAGUUGAUAUCAUUACGCAUCUUGGUGUCUGCGCCAGCUCGGAUUGGAAUCGCGUAGAUCGCAUUGUCGUAGGAAAUUAUGUCACUGCUAGUCAGGCCCAGCGAAAAUGGUAUACAAAAGUCAUAACGAAGGUAUCCAGCGGUACUUAUCAGCUGGGAGCAAACUCAGCCAAUAUUAUUGUGCAAAACCGCCUGACUGGGCAGCUCGAGGAAGAAAAAAUGCAGGUGUAUGUCCGCCUUGGUAUCCGACUGUUGUACAAGGGUGCUUCUAGUCGCAUGGAAGGGGCAAGAGCACGGCGGCUUCUCAGAUCAAUGUCUAUCAAACAAGGCUUGAAAUAUGAUUCACCAGAUUCCGCGCGUGAAAUCCCUGCUUUCAUCGCGUUCCACAACCUCAACGUGGACGAAAUCCGUGAUCCGAUCGAUUCAUUCAAAAAUUUCAAUGAUUUUUUCUAUCGUAAACUCAAGGAAGAUGCACGGCCAGUCGCUUCACCCAACGAUCCCACUGUGCUUGUCAGCGGGGCUGACUGUCGCAUGAUGGCCUUCGAAAGUGUAGGCGAGGCCACGAAACUCUGGAUCAAAGGGCGAGAUUUCACGAUUGCGAAAUUGCUGGGCCCACAGUAUGCGGACGAAGUCCUCAAAUAUGCCGGUGGAUCGCUAUGUAUCUUCAGACUGGCGCCACAGGACUAUCACCGCUUCCAUUCUCCCGUUGACGGGGUAAUUGGACCAAUGACUUACAUUUCUGGAGAAUACUACACUGUUAAUCCACAAGCUAUUCGUACCACUCUUGAUGUUUACGGCGAUAAUGCACGAAAGGUCGUUCCUAUCGACUCACCUGCGUUUGGACGUGUGUACGCAGUUUGCGUGGGGGCCAUGAUGGUGGGCAGCAUCAUCACCACCGUACAAGAAGGGCAGAGGGUCUCCCGCGGAGAGGAGUUUGGAUACUUUGCUUUCGGUGGUUCCACGAUUGUGAUGCUCUUUGAAAAAGGAGCCGUUCAAUGGGAUGAAGACCUUUUGCUCAAUGGACGGGCAUGUCUAGAGACGCGGGUCCGUGUGGGUAUGCAACUCGGACGAGCCCAGUGA